AUGUACCAUCAACCAUCCGGACCCAUCGACGUCGUCAUCGUCGCCAUCGUCGAGAAAGAUGUGCUCGUCGACUAUCUCGUCCCGCUCGUGAAGGAUAUUAGAAUACAGCAGCGUCCGGUUCGGACAGUGGAGUUCCACUCCAACACCGAAACAUUUGGUAAAGAACCCACCCGCUUGGUUUCGCCGGACGCGGUGCUCAAACGACGGCAGGCGAACAGUUUCGAGCUGGCAACACUGCUCUGCAGCUUUCUGAUCGGAAACGGAUUUGCGGCUUGCGUUGUGUCCGGCUACGCAACGCGCGAAGUGGUCAAUAACGAUCAGCAACGUGUAGUUUGCCCGUUUGUACCGGUGGAGGAGGAGGAAAGCGGCGAAGAGGAACAACCGGAAGCUCCCAACAAGUAUCAACUGCGUCAACCGCCCGAUCUUCGCAGCCAGUAUCUGCUCAACAUUGAGGAGGAAAAGGUAGCGAAAGGGCAGGCGGAAGAAGCGAACCGCCUGGCGGCCGAGCAGGAAGAAAUCGAACGUUUCGAGCAACCGCCCGAUGACCCGAAACGGGGCCACCGAGUACAUGCCUGGGUGGCGAUCCUGAAGAAUGCUCCCUGGUGCUAUAAACCCGGCUACCGCGAGAUGUCUGUCGAUCCGAACACGGGCGAACAGGUCCUGCAGCCACCGUGUGCCUUCUUCCUCGAGCCGUCCACCGGUUUCCGGCACGAGGUGUCGACACCCGACUAUCUAGCCAUCGAGAGCAUCUGGAACCAGCACAACUACUACGUCAACAAGCAGGACCCCGCUGCCGGACUGGCGGCGAUGCGCUGGGAUCUGGCCGAUGGUCGCGAUUGGGAACACUUCCUGCCCGGGGAACCGUACGAGCUGCGCGAGGAUUGUGCCGUACCGGAGGAUCAGGACCCGCUCACGACCGAGGAAGAGAUCGAGAAGGAGAAACAUCUCGAUAUGCCUACGUCCUGGGUCCGUUCGCUUAACGUCUCCCGCACCGACUACGAGCAACGCUUCCCGGACGGUGCGAAGGUGAUCUACUUCAAGAAGACGAUCUACGAACGAUUCGCCCCGUACCGCAACCUGAUUGGGUUGGUGCGCCGCAUCACGACGUACGAAACGCUCGACUACGAUGGGCCAAUCUGCCGGUGGGAGUUUUACGCGAACCGCGACGAUCAGCUGAACCUCGUCCGCAUCGAGUAUCGGACGAACGUCACGGAGGAACACUUUGACAAGGGGCGUCCGGAUUGUUUGCGCUUGCUAAAGCAUCGGGCCGCACCGUACAAUGAGUAUGAGCUGCGAUUCUUUCACCAGUAUCGCUUCGACGCACUGCGGACACUUAUCUAUCACGCGUCAUACAUUCAGGAGCACUACGACAAGCGUGAUGAUCUGUUGUAUUAUCGCGAGUUUCACAAUAUUCCCAAGGAUCAAAUCACAAAGGAACCUAGCAAAUUGACGCAUAUUAACGAGAAAUUCCACCAAAACCCAUCCAAGAUACCGGUAAAGGAUAUCGCCAUUCGGAACUGUUACAUUCAGGACAACAAGAUCGCACUGCAGUUCCAUUAUGGGGAGGAUUGUAUUACCGCCUCCACCAGGGAAUUUGUCAAACCACCCAAAUCUGAGAUGGGCGAGGAGGUGCCGUACGAUCCCAACUGUACAUCCGGCUAUGUGUCGAAUCCCUGGGACCCACAGCCGACCCAGCUGGAUCUGUUCCUGAUACUGAAGGAACAGCUCCGAGCGGAAGAGCUCGCAUCGCACGCCUUUCGUCGCCGUGUGGUCGAAAUCGACACCAUGCUCAGCGAACGGCGCAAGCAAACCGACUCGCCACGGCUUACGAACAGCCUGUUCGAUCCGCUCCGCAACGGAGAGGCCCGCCAACUGCGGCUGGCCAAGUACGAAGCCAUCAAGGCACGGGAGGAACAGAUCAAGCAACAGCAGGCCGAUUUCCUAGCGCCCUAUCUGCUCCGCCUCGGCGACACCAGCAAGCGGCGGGCCCCGACCCGCGCCCAGGUGAUGGCCCUGUACCGUGACUGCACGACGGAUCUACGCCAUUUCUACCAACGGCUCGAGGAGGAGCUGCGCAAUCGCUGCGACGAUCUGAUCACCGAGGAGCAGUCACUGAAACGGUUCCUGUCCCGCUUCCAGCAACACUUUGAGGACGCAGAGUACGAGAAGUUUAUCGCCGAGGGUGAAACGAUCGAGCGGGACAAACACAUACUGCAGAUGCGGCUGGAGAACAUACAGGACGACUAUCGGCGGAAGGCCGCACAUCUCCGGGAGGCGUUGCGUGCGGACGAACGGCUUCGCCCCUAUCUGGGCGCUGAGAUGGAGUCGCCCGGUGAGCGAAGCGAUUAUGAGGAUGAAUGA